CGCGACUCCCAGCGCCCCCCGCGCUCUCAGCUGGCGGAGCUGAAGAGGCUGCUUGCCAGCGGUUCACCGCCCCCCACCCUCACCCCAUCCCCGCGAGGCCUUGCUCAUAGCUUCUUCCCCUCUGGCCGAGGUUCCCGGCACCCUCGUGAGGAGGAACCCUGAACGCUGCAGGCGCUGCUGGGAGCCUGGACACUCCUGCACUCGCGCCCCUGUGGGGCACCUGCAGCGGCCUGGACCCGGGCCAGGACCCCUAGGCCGGCCGCGCCUCCUGGGGCCUCGCGGACACACCCCCUCCCGGUGGCCGCCUCCGCCCACCUUCAGUCCCCUGGGUUCCCUUCCAGCCCUGCGCCUUGUUCUCUUUCUGACCUUGCACUCUAAAGAACCUCAUGAGAGAGGGCGCAUCUUGAUUGGAUAAGAGUCCGUGUUUGCAGACUUUUAGGGUGGGUACACAUUCACCUUUUCAAGAGCCUUGUACCUAUUCGAUUAAUCAGCCUGGUGUUCCUUGUUCCAGCUGACGUGCUAUCUUUUAUCUCCCCACCGUCCCAUAUUUCCAAGGACAUUAAGUGGAGGGCACUUGGAAGCUUCUCUGGACCCUGACUUGGAGCUAGACCUAUUGGCCUCUUUGGAUCAUGGCUACAGUGAUAAACCCUCAGAUGGACGUGGAAGUUGAGGAGUGUCUCAUAAUGAAAGUGGAGAAGGACUCCGGGUGGGCAUCGGAGCCCAUUCUGGAAAGAUCAGACAGCACUGAAUGUGAAUCCUUUCGUAAAUGCUUCAGGCAGUUCUGUUAUGAGGAUGUGACAGGACCCCAUGAAGCUUUCAGUAAACUCUGGGAACUCUGCUGCCGGUGGUUGAAGCCAGAAAUGCGUUCCAAGGAACAGAUCCUCGAACAGCUGGUAAUCGAACAGUUUCUCACCAUUCUGCCUGAGAAGAUUCAGGCCUGGGCACAGAGGCAGUGUCCAGAAAGCGGAGAGGAGGCGGUGGCCCUAGUAGUACAUUUGGAGAAAGAGACCAGAAGACUUCGGAAGCAGGUCAGUGGCCCUCAGCACUCAGAGAAGCAAGCCCCACCUAGAACUGUGUGGGAAGUAGCUAACUAUGAGCCAGAGCAACUGGAGACCCAGCACAGGGUUGUUUCUCGGGAGGAAGCUGGAAACUUCCACUCAGGACACCAGGAACAGCUGAACCAAAAAAGGGAGCAUAGGCCAUUACCUAAGAAUGCUCACUCUUCUGUCUGGGCUCCUGUCCCUAGUAGUGAGUGGACCGCUGUAGAUGAGGAGGCGACAACACAGGAGCCAGUGAGAGAUAUCCACACGGUGAGAAGCUUUCCCUACAAAAGGAGUGUACAGCAAGUUCCUGCUCACAGAGAUCUCUACCAUGAAAUCAGGAAGGAAAGUGCAUGCAGCGUGGUUUCCCUGGGAGACACUGUGUCUGCACCUAACAAAAUAGCCCAGUUGGAACAAAAAAAGGAACCAUGGACUGUAGGUCUACAUUCCUCAAAUAAGAGGACUAGUGUCCUGCAAAGCAAAAUCAGCAAAGAGAAGUCAGUGCACGCUGUUCAGAUCCCAGCAAGGAAUGCAGGGAAAGUGUGGCGAGAGCAGCAACAGUGGGGUUUAGAAGAUGAAAAAAUUGCAGGUGUGCACUGGAGCUAUGAAGAAACCAAGACUUUUCUUGCGAUUCUCAAGGAAUCUCGCUUUUAUGAAACACUCCAGGCUUGUCCCCGAAAUAGCCAGGUGUAUGGUGCUGUGGCUGAAUGGUUGCGAGAAUGUGGCUUCCUCAGAACACCAGAGCAGUGCCGGACCAAGUUCAAAAGUCUUCAGAAGAGUUAUCGAAAAGUGAGAAAUGGUCACAUGCUAGAACCCUGUGCCUUCUUUGAGGACAUGGAUGCCUUGCUAAAUCCUGAAGCCCACACUUCGUCUACUGAGAGGCCAAAGGCCGUGAUCUCUCUCCCACUAAAGAGAACUGCUGUUAGUGCUAAAGAGCAGGUCAGUUUGGUGGAGGAGGAGGAAGGUGCUGAAGACUCUGAUGGCGAUGAAGUGGGCAUUGAGUUUGUACGCAAGUCUGAAAUCCGUGCUGCCCCUAUCUUGUUUCAAAACCUGAGUGGUGUGCAUUGGGGCUAUGAAGAAACCAAGACCUUUCUUGAUAUCCUUCAAGAGACACGAUUUUAUGAAGCACUUCAAGCCUGUCAUCGGAAGAGCAAAUUGUAUGGAGUUGUGGCUGAACAACUUCGAGAGUGUGGCUUUCUGCGAACACCAGAGCAAUGCCGAACCAAGUUCAAAAGCCUCCAGAAGAGUUACCGAAAAGUGAAGAAUGGCCAUGUACUGGAGUCCUGUGCUUUUUACAAGGAGAUGGAUGCCCUGGUGAACUGCCGUACAGCUGCCCUUCCCACCAACACCUCAGAAGAAAUCCCAUCACUCUCAAGGCAAGAAAGGGGACAUAUUGAGGUUGAACCCCAAGAGCCUACAACCUGGGAACCUGAGGAGAGCUCACAGGAGGCGGUGUUAGAAGAUUCUGGCAGUGAGAGAAUGAGUGAGGAGGAAAUUACAGAAGAGCCAGAAUUCGAAGGAUCUGCAGGCCUGCCGCAGAGCCCAACUGAUUUUGAAAUCGGAAAUAUUAUUAAGGAAGCCCCAACACAGGUAAUAUUUAAGGACACAGAGUCCCAUAGAGCAUUAAUAGAAAAGCCUAAAAGAUUUGUUUCCCAGAAUACCAACCCCAGUAAAUACGGUAAAAGGGAGUGCUUUUCAGGAAGACACUGGGAAAACCUUCAAGGAGUUAGACAGGGAAAACUGAUGUCUCAACCUAGAGAUACAGGGAAGGCUGUGGUGCAUCAGAGGCCUUUUGUGGGAAGGAGACCAUACAGACUUCUCAAAUAUGGAGAAAACUUUGGAAGGAGUGCCCGCCUUGUGUGCAGGAUGACCCACCAGAAGGAGAAUCCUUAUAAGUGUGGUGUCUGUGGAAAGUGUUUUGGUAGGAGCAGGAGCCUAAUCAGACACCAAAGAAUCCACACUGGGGAAAAACCUUUCAAAUGUCUUGAUUGUGGAAAAAGCUUUAAUGACUCCUCAAAUUUUGGAGCCCACCUGAGAAUCCACACUGGAGAGAAGCCGUACAGAUGCAGGGAGUGUGGGAAAUGCUUCAGUCAGAGCUCAAGUCUUAUCAUCCAUCAGAGAACCCACACAGGUGAGAAGCCCUAUCAGUGUGAAGAGUGUGGGAAAAGCUUCACCAACAGUUCUCACUUCAGUGCCCACCGCAGAGCCCAUACUGGAGAGAAUCCCUACAAAUGUGGGGAUUGUGAGAAGAGCUUCAAUAACUGCACAAGGUUUCGAGAACACCGGCGAAUCCACACUGGAGAGAAGCCCUACACGUGUGCCCAGUGUGGCAAACAUUUCAAUAAGAGCUCUUUCCUCACCAAACACCGGGAAAUCCACAUUCGAGAAAAGCCGCUGCCAUACUCCCCUUCUGUGUACUCCCCAGAGAACCUACUGAAAGCCAGGAGUGCCGAGCUCAGGAAGACCUUUUGACAGUGAGCUUGUCUUUCCACUCGCCCCUUAGCCAUCUAAUCCUAGUCCCGCUCUUGGAAGCAAUCCCUUCUUAGCUGUAAAUUACAGUUUCCAAGACAGGCCUGAGAAUAGAAAUAAACUAAACUUCUCAUCUGUUCUCACCUCAUAGUCUAACAUGCUCAAGCUGCCUCUCUCCAAUGAGUCUUGGCAAUUUUAAUAAAUUCAGAAUAAAUUUCUCACUAGAAUGUUGAGGCUAAUGCAUAAGUUGUCUAGCAACUUUCAAAACUCUUACACAUGGUUGAAUCCAUAUAUUUUCAAAUAUAUGAAUGGUGGAAAAUUUUUAUGGUGUAUCUGUCACCCAUAUAAGAUCUUGGCAGCAACUUGACAAUAGAUUUUCAUGUCUGGGUAGAACUUUUAGGAGUUUAAUAAGAACUGUAUCAGAUCCAUCUUGGUUUUGAGGGUACAAAAGGAGAGUGAAAGUUUUAUACCUUCCUUCCUCAAGAAGUCUGUAUCAAGAAGUUGAUCCAAAUAGCGAGGGUCUAAUUUCCUGUGCUGUUACAGAAAUCGCAUUGCUAAUACCUGUUCUCCACCAGGACGAGCACCUGCUCACCCUUCACCUCCCUUUCUGUUCCUGAGGACUUAACUCCAGUGGCUGCUGCUUCUCCAGUGACAAACGAUCCUUGUAUAUUUAUCGCAAGUCUAUACUUACCUCUUAAUCGUUCUGGGUGCUCUUGUCUGACUCUUCUGGGCUACCUUAACCCAUGCAGAUGGGAGAGGAUGCACACUGGUGCUGUCUCAUAAGAGACAGUCAGAUUGCAAACUCUAGCUCUACCCAUCAUUUCUCUGACUCUUAACCUAGAGCAAAACCAGCCAGUAUGUUGGCAUAUUUCAAAUAGCUUAGCUCUACAUGUCAAUGUAAUAUAAUAGUGUUUCUAAAAGUUUAAGGCUGUAAGGAAGAAGAUAAGACCUGAAGUAUUUAACUGACUCUUUAGGCUUAUUUUAGAUCGAAGAGCUACCUCAGUCCAGAUUACACUUCCAGGGUUAACUGUUACACUACUAGUCUCUGGUUCUGAAGUUUCUAGUUCCUGUUUAUAGGAUCAUAAACCUGACUAUAGAGUCCUGAAUAAUUACACCACUCUAUAUUUCACUCAGUGGAAGUGAAGUUACUUAUAAACUUCCACUCUGCCACCUUAUUUUCCCCAUUGUCCUAUUCUGAAAAAAAUAAUUGAUAAUUCCCUGGCAUUAACUAGGUAUAUAUUGUCAGAAAGUUUCUGGUGGGGAAAUACUCAUAGACUUACCGAUGAAAUUCAGGAAUCUGAUCUUCCCAAACCAGUUACUUAACAUUGGGGCCCGUGGUGUUCAUACCUUUAAUACAUAGGUAACCCCAUGUAGCUUUUCUUUGGGGAGGGAGAAGUCCCAAGAAUAGUGGAAGGAGAACCAUAGUCAGGUGUUUCUAGGUUCUCCUCAGAUGCUCUCAUUGAAAACAUCUAGAGAUGAUAUUUUUAUGUGAAUAUAUUUGAGUCUUUUGAGACCUAUUCAGCAAAGUAUCAAAGAGGGUAGACAUUGUAGAAAGAAAAGUGCUUUAUGGUGCCAGCGUAGGAUAUAGCCUGUUGGAAGGCAAGUGACUCAGGUAAAUGCUCAUAACUGUUUGUGAUGUGUGUUUGUUGGACAUGUUAUAAUUGUUGACAACUUAACAGUAGCUAAUAUCCUGUGUAUUGUCUGAAAUAGAGACUCCUAAUGGUACAUGCAGCUUCAUGUUGGUACUGUGCCUAGACCAGUAAGAUUGUGUGGUGCCAGUGGACCUGUGCUUAUAAUUGUAUAGAUGUUCUGGAAUUCCAGCUCUAGAAAAGAUGCACAUUAGUCUAAAUUGCCACUUAGUAACAUGUACACAGGAUUAAUACUUAUAUGGAAGCAUGAUUCAGAAAGUAGAUGACGUUCACCAAUACUUAUGCACUGUUAUGUAUAAGACCAUGUUUUAACCACAGGGAGGAAGACAAAAAUGAUGGGGGUCAUGACUGUACUCCACCUAGUAAGUGUUAUGGAAGAAGAUAAUCUAGUUAACUCCAUGGUGGUGUGGAAGGUCAGUCACCCCAUCUAGAGGAGUUGCAACCACAUCCUAAAGACCGUCUAUAAACUGCAAAUAGAAAACCAGUUUGGACACCACUUUUUGACACACUUUCCCAGCAUCAGAAAAGAUUCAGGGCCUGUUCUGUCUCCACUACCACAAAGUGAUUAUCUCCUGUGUCUAAGAAACAGUGGGGAUGAGGUUUGGGUUCCCCACCUAUAGUUCUAAUCAUAAACAAUUUGUUGGGAUGUGUAUUAAUCUAGUGGGCCUUAUCUCAGUUCUUAGACAGAUCUUCCUAUCAUCUUAAACCAAGGUGCUUGUUUAUAUGUUUCUCUUGUCAGCUGAUGUGUGAAAGUUAGAGUAGUACAUUGAGUAAUACAUCUUUACCACAUCUCUGUAAUGAUCAAUAGAUCUCAAUACCAAGGACUUCAAGGAAGAAAAGGAGUUUUUAAAAAAAAUGUUACACUGUGAUUUUUAUAACUUUCUGCUUCUCUCUUGUUCUGGCUGCUGGAAAGCUCAACAAAACAGUCCAUUGAGCCAACUACUUACCCCAAUUUAUUUUACUCUGUCAUAUUGCUUUGGAGAUUGUUUCAAUCCUGUUUUUGAACAAUGGUAUAUAUAAACAGAUUCUUUAUUUUUGGGCAUUCUGUCAAGGACAUUUAGAAGUUGUUCCUAUUUCCUGCAUAGGCUUUCAUUGAUUUCCACAAUACCUCACUAAUUUUUACUGAAGAUUUUGUUUCAUGUUCAACCUAAUUCAUUCAUCUGGAAAGAAACAUGUUUUUGAAAAAAGAAAAAGAAAACUCACAUAUUAAACAGGUCAGGGCAUCCUGCCACUGAGGAAUGUGUAUUAGACCAGAACCCAAAAGAACUACUUCCUGGAUAUUAACCUGAUAAAUUAUAACUUCUUUGUGAAUAGUUAACUUAAUUGCCAAAAUUGCAGGGAUGAUCAUGUUCAUGGAGCCAUGAAGAAAUAGUAAGGCCAGACUCAUACCCUAGCUGUCCACUGAAUGCCAUCUCUGGCACAUUGAGUCCAUCUCAUACCUUAGAAAGAUGACAGCAGCGUCAGCCCAAUUUCCUCAGAAAGAAGAAAGGACAAGCCACUUGUGUUCAGUUGCAGGAAAGCCCUUCCUUCUCUCCAUCACUCUGAGAGUCAAAGCUGGGUAGGUAGAGUGUUUUGUGCGUUCUGGUGCUCAGUGAUGGACAAGAUUCAUGGAUUAGGAAACUAGGAAAACCCCAGUGGAAAGAGCAGUUGAGUGGUUUGUGUGAUCCAAAGCCUCCACCUCCACCUGAAUGCACUCCAAGUGUAAAUGGACCUCUGUCUUUGUUUUGUAUUAAUGUUCACCUAGAUGUCUUCUUGAAAGCUUGUAUGUGAUAUGCCUACAAUAAAUGGGCUACCUUUGGUUUGCUAUAA